CUCAGUUGGCUUUCUGUGUCUUCAGGCUGAGACUCUAAACAUGGCUAUCUUUCUCCCAAUUGUUGUGGUCCUUGCUACGUUGUCCCCUAGCCUCUCUGCAUCUGGGGAGAAGACGUUCGUAGAGCGUGCAGGCACGGCAUACAGUAGCAGACCCUACUCAUCUGUGCUUACCGUGUCCAAUGGAGAGCAGUUUGGGAAUUGGACAUGGCCUGAGAUGUGCCCUGACACAUUCUAUGCUGUUGGGUUCAGUCUGAGGGUGGAACCUAAACAAUAUGCUCUGGAUGACACUUCCCUCAAUGGCAUUCGCCUCAUUUGUGCCAAAGCCGAGGACAGGAGCUUCCUUUAUACAAUCGAGUCUCACACUGGAUACUAUGGUGAUUGGUCGAGCCCUCAGUAUUGCCCCAGGGGAACACUCAUCUCCUUCCAGCUGCGUGUGGAGCCACACCAGGGCAUGUUUGGUGACGACACUGCCGUCAAUAACAUCAAAUUCCGCUGCAGCAGCAACCCAGUUCUGGAGGGUACCGGCAAUGAGUGGGGAGAGUACGGCACCUGGAGCCAGGAAUGUGGUAAUGGGGGCAUCUGUGGCAUUGAAACCAAGAUGGAAGAGUACCAGUAUGGGCUGGACGACUCGUCUCUCAAUGACGUGCGUUUGCACUGUUGCUCCCAGUCCCAGAAAUGAGUAACAGCUUGUGAACCACUUCAACCUGGAAAACAAACCUGGACCAAACUAAGGACCCCCUAGACUUUGUUGUUAUAAUGAAUGAAAGGGAAACUUAUAAAAUAAUAAUACUUUG